AUGGGCGAGUCGCUGCUCACCGCGCUCUCCAUGGACACCGCCACGGCCCACCACCCGCACCAGGGCCCCUCCACCUUCCUCUCCAUGGACACCGCCUCCCACGACGACUUCGACCUCUUCCUCCAGCCACAGGGGCCCUUCCGCCGCUGCCUACAUGCCGCGGCGGUCGCCCCCCCUGACAUCAACCUCCCCCUCGCCGCCGACCCGUCUCCGCCCCCUCCGGCGUCGCACGACGCCAACGUUGACAUGCUAGAUGUCGGCCUCGGCGGCCCGCAGCACUACGACUCGGAUUCGCCCGCCGCCGCCGGGCCUGUCUCGGCCCCAGCAGCUGCCGCGACCACCAUGGUCGCUGUGUCCCACACCAAGGGCUCCGGUUCCAGCGCUGCGCGCAAGUGUGUCAAGAGGAAUGAUAGCAUCUGGGGAGCGUGGUUCUUCUUCACCCACUACUUCAAGCCAGUCAUGUUCGCCGACAAGGGUGGCAAGGCGAAGGCUGCCACCACCACCACCACAGGCGGGAACGGUAAUAGUGCCACACUGGAUGCUUUCCUGGUGCAGCACGACAUGGAGAACAUGUACAUGUGGGUGUUUAAGGAGCGGCCGGAGAAUGCCCUGGGGAAGAUGCAGCUGAGGAGCUUCAUGAAUGGGCACUCACGCCUUGGGGAGCCACAGUUCCCUUUCAGCGCAGACAAAGGGUUUGUGCGCUCACACCGGAUGCAGCGCAAGCACUAUCGUGGGCUCUCUAACCCGCAGUGUCUUCAUGGGAUCGAAAUCGUGAGGGCACCAAACUUGGCAGGUGUACCUGAGGCUGAUUUAAAGAGGUGGAUGGAGCUCACUGGGAGGGAUGCCAAUUUCUCAGUCCCAACCGAGGCUAGUGAUUUUGAGUCUUGGAGGAAUUUGCCGAGCACAGACUUUGAGCUCGAGAGGCCAGCAACCGCGGCUCCUGCAAAGAGCAGCUCACAUGGGCACCACAAGAAGUUGCUGAACGGUUCUGGCCUUAACCUCUCGACACAACCAUCCAAUCACAGUUCUGGGGAUGGCAUGGAGAUCACGGCCACCUGUAACAAGCGCAGGAAGGAUUCCUCACCGGCUGCAAUGGAAGAGGAUUGCAGCAAUUCGAAUUCAGACAAGGCCCAAGACAUGGAUGUGAGCCACACCUUUGAGCCAUCAUGGAUGAAUGACUUCUUGGGUGUGAUGCGCCAUGCCUCUGGACCAGUAACUGCUGCAAAAACAAUAUAUGAGGAUAGCAAGGGCUACUUGAUCAUUAUCAGUCUGCCUUUUGCUGAUUUUCAGAAGGUGAAAGUUUCAUGGAAGAACACUCUUACAAAUGGGAUUGUUAAGGUAUCGUGCACUAGUGUUGGCCGGAUGCCAUUCCUGAAAAGGCAUGAUCGGACUUUCAAGUUGGCGGAUCCUGCUCCUGAGCAUUGCCCACCCGGAGAGUUUGUCCGGGAAAUUCCACUGCCUACCCGGAUCCCUGAAGAUGCUACUUUGGAAGCAUACAGUGAUGAAACAGGGACAGGCCUGGAGAUUAUUGUUCCAAAAUUCCGUGUUGGUCCUGAAGAACAUGAAGUGCAUGUAUCCAUGAGGCCACCUUCGUCAUGGUGCCAAUGA